AUGGCGUUAGCGACUACCGGUGGUGGUGGUAGUGAUUGGAGACAUAGGGGAGGUGAGGACCAAGGUAAACAGAGUAGGAUGCUUGAGGGAUGUUUUCCUGAAGAUCAAGCGUAUAAAGAGAAUUUGAGGGAUGUUUUUCUGAAGACACGUCAAGAUCAAGAUUAUAAAGACAAUCAAAAUAUCCUAUUAGAAUUUCUGAACAAGGCAUGUGGAGAAGCUUUCCAUGGGGGCUUGUUCCUUUCAAAUUAUGCCGACAAUAAGAGCGGUAGGGACAUAAAGACCUAG